UGUACGGAUUGUGAGUGUUUAGUGUUAUGCUGUCUGAACUGUACAGUGCCCUUGGUCCGAUCCCGAAGUGACUUGCCUUGUCGGAGCACAAACACGAAUGCGCUACAAACAUUUCAUUAACGUCCUCGUAUAGUGACAUAGUGUAUUGUCCGGGGUGCAGAUCUACUGCAUUUGUACCUCCAAAUGCAGAACAAGAUCCGCAUUGCAUUCACCUCGUGGUACUCGCAAGUAUGGCGCUCGACUGAUCCGGACGGUCCUAACGACAGCAAUCAUGGACAUGGGUCGGCAAGGAACAGUAUAAAGACAAGUGAUCAUCCUCUUCAGGCAACCAGAACAGAGCAUCUCUCACCCCUUCACUCUCAUCGCAUCCACCAUGGUCGGCCCCAACCUCGCCCUCCUCUCCCUCACCGGAGCUGCCCUUACCGCAGCGCAAUCCUUCCAAUCCACGCCCGUCCUCGGCUGGAACUCUUACAACCAAGUGUCCUGCAGUCCCACACAAGAUGGCAUCACUAAAACCAUCAAUGCGCUCGCAGACCGCGGUUUCGUUGCCGCAGGCUACAAUUACUUCCAGAUCGACUGCGGCUGGGCCUCCCGUGACGGCCAGCGCAAUACUUCCACUGGCGCGCUCAACAUUGAUACGAAUGCAUUCCCCAAUGGACUCAAGCCCUUAAGUGAUCUGGCGAGGAGCAAGGGCAUGAAGUGGACUAUGUAUUCGGAUGCGGGCGUUAGGAUGUGUGAUCCGCAAGUGCCCAGUCCUGUGUUAGGGUCGUUGGGUCAUGAAUCUGUCGAUGCUGAGUUUUUCAAGAGUCUCAACACCGAAUAUGUCAAGUACGACAACUGCUAUGUCGAUGGGCCCAACGCGAACCAGAACGCACCCAAAGACCCAAGGACUGACUUUGCUUCGCGCUUCGGUGUGAUGUGGAAGGAGCUGCAACGAGUUGGCAUUCCGGGCAUGUUGAUUUGCCAGUGGGGUACUCCAUUCUCCACUUCAGAAGGCCUGCAAGGUCCCAAGGACUGGACUAAGGGUAUUUCGACAUCGUUCCGUCUGUCUGACGACAUUGCUCAGGGCUGGGGUAAUGUGUACCGCAUCUACAACCAAGCUGUCCACAUCGCUGCGUCCGGUGUUGUUGGACCUGGUCACAUUGCCGAUGCCGACUUGCUCGAGGUCGGAAACCAGGGAAUGACCUUCGAUGAGCAGGCUACGCACUUUGCGGCGUGGGCUAUGCUGAAGUCUGCUCUCAUGAUCUCCACCGAUGUAGCAGCUCUUUCGGACGACACUGUCAAGGUUCUGCAGAACAAAGACCUGCUUGCCAUCAAUCAGGACUCAGCUGUCAAGCCUAUCACGCUCAAGCAGCGCUGGACCUCAGACCGCGAUCUCUGGAGUGGCGAUCUUGCCAACGGCGAUGUGGCUGUCCUGGUCGUAGACCUCAGCAACGCACGCCGCACCCUUUCCGUCCAGCUCUCCUCCCUCGGCAUCCAGUCCGCAACCAUCAAGGACCUGUGGUCCGGCACAACGACCCAGAACGCAGUCUCCUUCUCCAAACAAGUCAACGCCCGCGGCUCCCUCGCUCUCCGCCUCUCUAACGUCAAGCGCACCUCUACCACUACCAACUACAACUACAUCUCCGCGUCUACCGGCUCCCUCGCCUCGGGCGCAAACAUCCAGUCCUGCUCUGGCUGCACAUCUACCAAUAAGGUCGGCAACCUCGGCGGCCCCUCUAACGGCACACUCACACUUAGCAACAUCCGCACAAGCCAGGCGACCCAGGUCGUGCGCUUUGACUACAUCAACGGCGAGGUCGGGUACCUGGGCGGCAGCAACAAUGAGCGUUUGGCAUCCAUUAGCGUGAAUGGCGGUGCGGCGAAGACGGUUAGCUUCCCGCUUACGGGGUAUAAUUGGGAUAAGGAUGUUUUGAAGAGUUAUGCUGUCGAACUGUCUGGGUUCAGCACGACGGGAACGAAUAGUAUCGUGAUUAAGGGUGUUGGAAGCGCGUAUGCGCCGGAUUUUGAUAGGGUGGGUGUUGUCGCGUAG